AUGCCGCUCCAGGCAACACCAUCCGAGUUUCCCACACAAGCGUUUGCAACGCCUGCAGACUUCGAAGCCUUCCUUGAGCGCGAGCAUACCACUGCUCCGGGCAUCUAUGUUAAGCUCGCCAAGAAGUGCUCUGGUGUACCCUCAAUAACUGCAGCUGAAGCCGUUGAAGUCGCGCUAUGUUAUGGCUGGAUCGAUGGUCGCGCCAACGCCUGCGAUGAUAGAUUUUGGACGGUGCGCUAUACACCACGACGAACGAAGAGUAUAUGGUCUCAGAAGAAUGUCGCGACGGUCUCGCGUCUUGUUGAGGACGGCCGAAUGCGUCCUGCUGGCUUGGCAGCUGUCGAUGCUGCGAAGGCAGACGGAAGAUGGGAUCGUGCAUAUGCUGGGUCUGCUACAAUUGAAGUGCCUGAUGACCUCAAGGACGCGCUUGCUCGGUUGCCCGCAGCGGAAGCUCACUGGGAAAGCUUGAACAAAAGCGAUCGAUAUGCUACCUUGUUCAAGAUAGAGACAGGCACAGAGACUGGAAGGUCAAAAAGGAUACAGAACAUAGUCCAGGUACUUGCGACUGGGAGACGUCCAGGUAGUAGUGCUGGUUCAAGCUGGGCAGCUCGGAAGGCCACUAAGAGAGUUCAAAGAGCCAGUGCGAACGUUGAGCCAAACGUGCAAAGGACUCCUCUUCCACUUCGAGCUGGACUUCGACAGCGCAAAACCUAA